CUCUCUCUCUCUCUCUCUCUCUCACUUUUGGAUCAUAUGGUUCUAACUUUUCUCAUUAUCAAUACAUAAAUAUCUAAAGACACUCAUCACUCCACUCUGUUAAAGUGGUUCCCUUGAUGCUUGACAUCAAAGUUUCAUUCAUCAUUUUCAAAGGCUCGUGCGCUCAUAAAUGAAGUGAUAAAGAGUGGGUAUUUCAGAGAACUCUCAGAUUACGCUCUUGUUUGUGUGUCUUUGCAGUUUUCUGGGUUUUUUUUAUUAGAAAUUCUCAUUUGGGUAUUUCUAGAUACUCGAAACUUGUUUGUGAUCUGUGGAGAUAUAUGGUAGACGGGGUUUUAUGCAGAUUCGGAUUUGUUGUUUAGGCAUGGUGAAGCAAGGAAUCAUUGGUUGUGAAUAAUUGUGCUGGUUUUGUGGAUGUCAUUAUGAAAUUCUUGAUUUUCUUUUUUUCUAUGAACCUUGUGCUUUUUUUGUGUUCCUGCAAAAGUUAGAGAUCCAAUUUUAGAAGCUUGUAUGCUUGAUUUUUGAGGUUUCUAGAUUGUAGAUAGCUGAUAGUGGAGCAAAGUUCCUCUUCUUUUUUUUUUGUGAGCUGCACUACAUGCAAUUUGGUGAAAAUAGCCAUUGUUGUUUUUGGAUAAACAAUUAGGUUUUUGCUUUCAAUUUAUUAACUUAAAGUUUUAGUAAUUUCAGUGGGAGGAAUAAAUGUUGUAGUAAAUCUGUUAAGUAAUCUAUUAUAAUUUGUAGGGUUUCUUGUUGUCAUUGUAAAUGCCAUAUAUUGACUUGAUUUUGGUUUGAAUACUAGUGGACUAUGGCUGAAAUUAGACUUACAAGGGUUGAGCAGGGUCAGACUAAAAUUAGAAAUGUUCCAAUUGCUGUAACCCCAGAAGGUUUUUGGUGUUGUCCCUCUCCUACUGUGUUUCAAAAGACCCUUAAGACACAAAAUCCUCUAAACAAGUCCAAAUCAUCCCCUCCAGCACCCAAGACCUCUGUUCAGAACAAACAAACCACCCUAGCACCUGAGAAAAAGUCGGAACACACCGCGUCCAGGUCGGGACUUGUUGCCGAUGAGCAAAGAACUUCAGGGUCUGAUGCGGCUGUUCUUGGUGCAUCAGUAGUGACUGAGAGAACACCAAGAUCCAAGAUUGAAAAUGUGCCAAGGAAGGUGUCAAUUGAGUUUGGUGAACCUAGAACAAGCGAUUUGAAGGUAAUCUUACACGGAAAGCAAGGAUUUUCUGUGAAAUUGGGUGUUCACAGGAGUGUUCUUUUGGAAAAUAGCAAUUUUUUCACCAACAUAUUAUUGGGAGAGCAGCUUGUUUUACCCUGUCUUGAAAUUGAUGAUUGUGAGGAUGUUGAAAUGUAUGUUGAAACAGUGGGGCUAAUGUACUGCAAAGAAUUGAAGCAGCGGUUGAUCAAGCAAAGCGUUUCUCGUGUACUGCGCAUUCUUAAGGUGGCGGAACAACUUGGGUUCCAUUCAUGCACACUGUCAUGUUUAGAGUACUUGGAAGCAGUCCCUUGGGUUGGGGAAGAAGAAGAAGAGAAAGUGGUUACCUCAGUUCUACGGCUCCAGGGUGAGGGAAUUGGGGUCACCCCUGUAUUGAAACGGGUGUCCUCCGAUGCUUCAAGACCUCCCAGUGAUACCCUGUCUCACAUACUGGAUCUGGUGCUUAAGAGCAAUGAGGAGAGAGGCCGCCGUGAGAUGAAAUCCAUUGUACUGAAACUCCUUAGGGAGAACAACAGUCUUCCAAGCUCUUCAGGCUCAGUUGACAUCUGCAAUGACACACUUAAUAGCUCUUGUAGAAGCUGCUUGGAUUCAUUGUUGUCUCUGUUCAGACAAGCUGCUGAACCAGAGUUUACUGACAAAACCAUCAAUUGCAAAGAACCAGUGGUAAAGCAGAUAGCUCUAGAGGCUGAUAACCUCUCAUGGUUACUUGAGAUUUUGGCUGACAGGCAAGCAGCAGAUGAGUUUGCGGUAGUGUGGGCUAGCCAGCCAGAGUUGGCCUCCCUUCAUACAAAGCUCCCAAUUGUUUCUCGCCACCACAUCAGCUGCAUUACAGCAAGGCUUUUUAUUGGAAUAGGACGAGGGGAGCUUCUACCAUCAAAGGACACUCGUCAUGCAUUGUUACAAACCUGGUUACAGCCAUUGAUCAAUGACUAUGGCUGGUUACAACAUGGAUGCAGGUCAUUCGAUCGGAAGGCUGUGGAGGAGGGAAUUGGUAGGACUAUCCUCACGCUACCUCUAGAGGACCAGCAGAAUAUUUUGAUUGCUUGGUUAGGCAGUUUUCUGAGGGCUGGUGACAAUUGCCCAAAUCUUCAGAGGGCCUUUGAGGUCUGGUGGCGGCGGACUUUCAUUAGACCUUAUGUGGAACAAGGAAAUCAUCACGAGUCAGAUAGCUCAAUAACAUCAAAGGUUGUAGCGCAAUAGAAGUACUAAUAUCAGUUUGGAAUUUUGAUGAUUUUUUAAAACUACAGAUGGGAUUGUCUUUUGCAGUACCUUUAAUGCACUGAACUGGAAAGAAAGGUACAGAAGACUAAUGUGGUUGGCGUUUGCUGUUUUCUAGGAACCAUUAAGCUGCAAAUCUUUGAGGUUAAUCAGAUUCAGUGAGUCCCUCUGCAAGAUGUUUUUCCAUGGAACUCAAUAUGGGGUGUAUGUAAGUUCUGUUGGCUUGGUGUAUGUGGAUUGAUUUGUUUAAUGUAUUAAAAUUCCAUGGAACCAAUGUGAGUUUUGUUUUGUGAGUUUAAAGUUACAAGAAUAU